AAUUAAGUUGCAUCUGCACACACACCAUGUAACUGCACAUGGAACUAUAUUAUAUUUUAGAAUGUGUAUACCGUGUUAUACACAUUUUACAAUGGCUUUCAAUCGAGCCACCAAGACCCGCGGGAAUGGUAUUAACUGAUGGCGAUUGGAGCUUCCAUCAGCUGCGCGAGUGUUUGCACGGUUGUGGUAAAUUGCUCCUUGACAGCAUGCCUGGCCCAUUCGAUCUGGGUCCUGAUUUCUAUGGACUGCCUUGGAAUGUUUUGCUGAUCAUGGUGGUCAUUAAUAUAAUGAUUAUGACAUUUGCUUGGCGAAGAAUGAGCACUUUGAAAAGAGCUCUAUCCAGGAUGACGGAGGAUGGUAAUCAGCAAUUGGAGAUGAAGCUGGCCAAAGUCCUGCAGCUGGAAGAAACAAUCAAACUGCUGGAGCAGGAGAAAGUUGUCCUGCAGAAUGAUAAUAUUCAUCUGGAGCUGCAGUUAAAACUGUGUCAGGACCCAGACAGCACGCCACAGACUUUGGAAUCUGAGGACCAUGACACAGAGUCAGAAGUGAAAGAUGAAAUGAAAUCUCAAAAACCAAACACCAUGGAGACAGAACAGGAAAGCAAGAAUACCAACAGCAGAAUCAAUAAGAUUCAGAUGGAAUUUCAUAAAAAACAGGCAGAGGAGUAUUUGAUGAGCACUCAUAUUGCUGAACAUGCUCUGGCAGCUGAGAGGAAAGAGAAUGCCAUCCUGAGACAGAACAUCAUUAAGGUCAGCAGUGAACUGGCAGAAAUAAAGACUCCUGUCAUUGUGCCACCUCUUCGGAAAGAUUGCGCAGCAUCUGGGACAUCAGUUGCUCUCGAAUGUAAGCAGUGCAUGGAGAAACUACAGGAAGAGAGGAGGAAGACUAUGCAGAUGGAAGAGACAAUCAAGAACAUGGAAUGUGACCAGACAAACCUGGAAAACCUGCAUAAAAUUCUGCAGGAGAAAUUGCAGAUUAUGCAUAACCUGUGCAAGGAGAAGGACAGUGCUCAGCAGCAGAGUCUGGCUCAGGAGCAGAUUGAGCAGCAUGUGAAGGAGAUCAAAUCCGCAGGACCAAAGCAAGAAAUACGCAAUUUCAAACUGAGGCUCCAGGAGAUUAAUGAGAAGAAUGAGAGAACUCAGAAUGGCCUGAAGAAACAGAUUGUUUUUCAUCAGAAAAAAGCACAGGAGAAUUGGGUUGUUGCCUGUGCAUCUGAAAGGGCCCUAACCAUCAAAAGGAAAGAAAUGGCCAAACUGAGUAAAAAACUAUCUGAGGUCAGUGCUAAAGUAUCAGGAUACCCGGAACCAUUGAGAAAGGCUUCCUCAAGCCGAUCGGACCUACAGAUAAAGCCUCAGAGGAAAUAUGGUACCGUCUCAAGUAAAAAUGUUGAUAUGGUGAACAAAUCGACACAGGCAAAGAGUGCAGAUCAGUUUGAACAAAGUCGGUGCCCUGCUGAGCUGGCCGCAGAGAAACUGAAGGUGCAGCAGCUGGAAGAAAUAAUCAAAGCAAUGGAAGAGGACCAUAAGACUCUGAAAAAGGAAAUAUUCAAGAUGGAGCUUCAGAAUAAAUCAUUUCAGAGAAAACUGGAGAAUAUGAAUGAACUGUGCAAGCAGAAAGACCAUGCUCUCCAGAAGAAGGCAACUCAGGUGGACUCUGAGCGUCGUGAUAAAGAGCUGAAAGUAAAGGAGGUGCUCAAGACUCACAAACUAAAGAUCAAAGCGAUUACUGAGCAGCAUCAGAAAUCAGAGCUCUCCUACAAAGCUGAGAUUGUAUCUCUUAAAAAGUCAAGGGAUAAAUUGGCACAGGUGAAGCUUGCUUGUGCAGCUGAAGAGGCGCAACAUAUUUACCAGCAGAAACUGCAGCUAGAGAAAAAAAUGUCCCAGCAGCUGGGAGAAAAAAUAAAAACUCUGGAGCAGGACAGGGAUGCUUUGAAAGGUGAAAAAUGCCAGCUGGAAGAUCAGAUCACAGCCCUCCGGAGUCAACUGCAGAAUAUGAGUGAGCUGUGCCAGCAGAAAGUCCAGGCUCUCCAGCAGAACAUGGUGCAGGUGGACAUGGCGCAGAGAGUGCAGGAUGCAGAAAUGGAGGCCCUGGCCUCGAAAAUCAAGAUGAUGGAGGAGGAGCUUGAGAAAAGCCAGUGCAUCAAGGCCCGGAUUGAAGACUUAGAAGCAGAGAGGAACACCAUUAUUGCCCUCCAAAAUCAGAUGGCUGAGGCCAUGGCUGAGUUCCAGCAAACUACCUCUGAGGUCAGUUCUGGCUACUCAUAUGAAGCCCUGCCCCUUCAGUCAGACUCCAAGGACAUCCCUCUCCUCAGCCAGACGGAGGUUUGCGAUCUGGAGAUCUCCACUCCGUCUUCCAGUGGCAGAACCCAGCUUGUCCGAGCAUCCCAGAGCCUUAUCGAAGUGAAGGAUGUGCAGCCCACUCAAAAGCCUCGCAGAUCCUCAGUGGCCUCAGUAGAGCACCAUCAGCAGCCCUAAGCUUUUCAGGAAAUCAUAGGAAGGGUAACAUAUAUGCAUUUCACCCUGCAGUCCUCAACUUGGGCUGUGCAAGGCAUUUCAAUCAAGUGGCUGCAGAUUCCUAAAUGGGCAAAAACAAGAUGAGAACUGUCAUUUACAUACAGAUGCUCAAAAAAAAGUGCGAUAAUUAGAAUAACUUUCAAUUAGGUUUUCUUCAGGAGAGAAAUUGGAUGAAAGGCGCACGAUUGGACCUGCUGCUGGAGCUGUUCUUGACUUCUCUUUUGUAUUUCACUUGGUGUGACACGCAGACCAAAAAUAUGGCAGUUCCGUUUUCUUUCAUUUCCUGUGAAACGUACCAAAAUAUGUUGAGUACUGUUUUUUCAGUAUUCUUUCUUUUCUUUCACUUGCUGUGAACAUAUACCAAAAAAUUUAGGAAAUCUCCAUUCAUUCAUGAAUUAGGCAGAAUGUUCCUUAAAUAUUUCACUUUUUUUUUUUUCUUUCUUGAACUUACUGUGAAACAUAUACCAAAAGAUUUAGGAAAUCUGCAUUCAUUCAUGAAUUAGGCAGCAUAUUCCUUAAAUAUUUCACUUUGGUUUUUUUUCUUUCUUGAACUUCCUGUGAAACAUAUACCAAAAAAUUUAGGAAAUCUGCAUUCAUUCAUGAAUUAGGCAGAAUAUUCCUUCAAUACUUCACUUUGGGUUUUUUUUUCUUUCUUGAGUUUGCUUUGAAACAUAUACCAAAAGCAUGAUGGAAAAUGCUGAAUGAAUUUGUGAAUUAGGCAGGAUGUUGCCUAAAUAUUUCAGUUUUUUUUUCAUGAACUUACUGUGAAACAUAUACCCAAAAAAUUAAGGAAAUCUGCAUUCAUUCAUGAAUUAGCCAGAAUAUUCCUUAAAUAUUUCACUUUGUUUUUUUUUCGUUUUUUUCUUCAGUUUGGUGUGAAACAUAUACCAAAAGCAUUAUGGGAAAUGCUGAAUGAAUUUGUGAGUUAGGCAGGGUGUUGCUUAAAUAUUUCACUUAGUUUUUUUUUUCUUUCUUGAACUUACUGUGAAACAUGUACCAAAAAAAUAAAUAAAGGAAAUCUGCAUGCAUGAA